AUGGAUUUUGUUCUAAAUAAGGUUGAUAAACACUGGGACAACCAUAGAAGCUUUGACCAGAACCUGAUUACCCUAAAAAGAAAACUGGAGGGUUUAAAUGCCCUAAAGGAAGACACUGAAUCAAGAAUGAGACCAGAGUUGCUUCCGAGUAAGAAACUCAAGAAAGAAGUUCAUUUAUGGUUGAAAAAUAUUGAAAGAAUUAAUGGUGAAAUACAAAACCUUGAACAAAGAGUUGAGAAAACCCCUAUUUUCUUAUGUGGAUUUCACACAGAAAAUGUUUUAAAAAAGAUACAUGAAGUUGAGGAACUUCUUCAACAGGGUAGGUUUGAUCAAGGUUUGGUAGUUGAUGAAUUUACAUGGAUUGGACAAGCUUUGGCAACAACAACUUUAGUUGGAAAAGCUGCAGAGAUCUGUUUGAAAGAAAUUUGGACAUAUUUGAUGGAUGAUGAUAUUGGAAAGAUUGGUGUUUGGGGAAUGGGAGGAGUGGGGAAAACAACCAUAAUGAAGAUUAUCAACAACCAACUUUUAAAAGAGACUGAAAAGUUCAAGAUUGUGAUAUGGAUCACCGUAUCAAGGGAGAUCAAUAUCUCCAAAAUUCAAAACGGCAUCUCACGUAAAAUGGGAGUACCCCUUCCUGAAGAUGAGGAUAAAACAAUAAGGGCAGGAAUGCUAUACGAAUUGUUGACUCGAAAAGGCAGGUAUGUGUUAAUUUUGGAUGAUCUAUGGGACACACUUUCUCUUGAAGAAUUAGGAAUCCCUCAGCCUUCUAAUGGGAGUAAGUUAGUGGUAACAACUCGGAUGCGGGAUGUGUGUCGCUAUUUGAGUUGUCGAGAAGUUAAAAUGCCUACUCUUCCAAAACAAGAUGCAUGGAGUUUGUUCUUGGAGAAAGUAGGUCAAGAUGUUUUGGAAUAUGAAAACCUGUUACCAAUCGUGAAAUCUGUUGCUGAGCAAUGUGCUGGUUUGCCGUUAGCUGUAGUUACAGUAGCUAGCAGUAUGAAGGGCAAAAGAGAUAUUCAUGAAUGGAGGAAUGCACUAAAUGAAUUAAGUAGACGUGUAAAAGGUGUGACUGGGUUAGAUGACAUGGUAUUGCGGCAACUCCAGUUUAGCUAUGAUCAUUUAAAAGAAAGAGUCCAGCAUUGCUUCCUUUAUUGUGCACUAUAUCCCCGAGAUUGGAAUAUCUCUGAAUUUGAACUAAUAAAACUUUGGAUUGCUGAGGGGCUUGUAGAAGAGAUGGAUAGCCAAAAAGCAGAGCUUGAUCAGGGGUAUACCAUACUGAAUAAACUCAAAAAUAAUUGCUUGUUAGAAAAUGGUGAAUCUAUCCGAUGUGUGAAGUUGCAUGACCUCGUGAGAGACAUGGCACUACGCAUCACGAGACCACAAUUUCUGGUACGAGCCGGCUUGCAAUUAAAAGAGAUACCUCAUGAGCGCGAAUGGAUAGAAGAUUUGGAAAAGGUUUCAUUGAUGUUUAAUUCUCACUUGCAAAUUCCAUCACAAAUAUCACCACCGAAAUGUCAGAUGCUGACAACUUUAUUGUUGUCCUUUUGCUAUAUAAAGAGUAUUCCAGAUUGUUUCUUUGAGCAAAUGAAGGGACUCAAAGUUCUUGACCUUUCUUUCAAUAGUAUUAAAAGUUUGCCAAGUUCCAUCUCUAAUUUGGAAGCUCUCACUGUAUUAUUGGUUAAAGGAUGCCCUCCUUUAGAAAAGUUGCCAUCUUUCUCAAAACUUGAAGCUUUAAAGAAGUUGGAUCUUAAAGACACAAAAAUCAAGAAUCUUCCGCAUGGGGUGGAAAGGUUGGUAAAUCUCAAUUAUCUUCAUCUGGAUGUGGAAGAAGUCCCCAGUGGUAUAUUAUCAAAAUUAUCAUGCUUGCGAGACUUGGUGAUAGUUGAUAACCAUAAACCGCAUCAAGCAUGCGUCAAAGGAGAUGAGAUAGGUGAGUUAAGGAGGUUGGAGUACUUUAAAGGGAGGUUCUAUGACAUGAAUGAAUUGAAUACUUUUGUGCAAGCUUUGCAGAGUCGAGGACAACAACUUAAUGGAUACCACAUUGGUGUGGGUGAUGAAAAAGUCUACACUCAACACAAAUCGGAAAAACACGUUGAAUUAGAUGGUUGUAAAAUCUGUAGAGAUGGUGUUGAGUUCCCUUCCGAUCUGCAGCACUUGAGUAUUAACCACGGCAUUAUUGAUUUCCUUGAAAAGGAGGCGUUUUUUCCAUGGUUUAUCUCAGCACCAAAAGGCAUGUUUUCUUGUCUUAAAGAAAUUUAUAUUUUUGAAUGUGAAAAAAUAAAAAAGUUGUUCACGCGGAGUUGGGUGCUAAAGAACGUCCCGAAUUUGGAAGUGUUAACUGUUUGGGGAUGUGACCAAAUGAAGGAAAUAAUAGCAUCAGAAAUGGAAUUCGUUGAAGAAGAAGGAAUGGGUGGUAGUAACAGUAAUGCCAUCCAACUUACUCUUCCCAAAUUAAGGAUAUUGAAAUUGUUGUAUUUAGCACAACUGAAAAGUAUUUGUAGUGCAAAUAGAGUUAUGGUUUGUGAUUCUCUUGAAGAGAUUAUUAUCCAUUGCUGUCCAAAAUUACAGAGGAUCCCUCUGUAUCUUCACCUGCAUGAUGCUGGCCAAGCAUCUCCUCCUCCAUCUCUUAAAGGAUUGGCUAUAACUUCAAAGGAAUAUUGGGAGUCGCUGAAGUGGGACCAUCCCAAUGCCAAGUCUCUAUUUAAGCCAAAGUUUUUAAGCUGGAGCCUCUGAUUUGUAUAUGUCUCUCCUUAUUUAAGACUGACAACAAUGCUUGAUCGCAAUCCCAUACGAGAUAUUGUUAAGGUGUAGCAUGCCUGGGUGCAUGAUUGUCAACAACACAGUCGUGGCCUAGGUUUUCUCCCAAAUUGAGCACAAGUUUGAUCCGAUGUAUGCCAAACAAGCCUUCAUUCAUUAGUAUGUAAGUGAAGGAACGAAGGCAGGUGAAUUCCUAGGAAGCCGGGGAGAUCUUGCCGCUCUCAAGAAUAACUAUGAGGAAGUUGGAGCGGAAGGUGUCAAAAAGGAAGAAGGGGAAGACUACUAAACAUAUGUUUCAUGAAGCAGCAACUAAUGGUCUACUCCUUUCAUCAUCUUAUUUUCUGUUUAUUGUUGUAAAUUUGUGCAUGUACCUCAUCACCUGAAUUGUCUCUCUUUUUAUGUCAAGUGCGUGGUUUUUUCAAUUACGUUUGUGAGAAUUUGGA